GCUAUUCAACAGCAUGAUAGUUUGAAAAAUUAUAGAAUUCUCCCAUUUAAAGUGAUCGAGGACAAUUUUGAUUUGACUGUCAUUCCUAAUUACAUCACAAUGCUCAACCAGCCCAUACAGCACCAUUGGUGGCUACACAUUGCCCUUGAGAAAGGGAUAACUGCCCCUCAUUUACCGAGUGACAGGCUCACACGAAAUAUACUUGAUGUUCCAAAUUGUGAGUUCAUCCCCUCAGUAGCAGAAUGCCAAGAACUGGAGCAUAAUAUGGCAUUCCAUGUUGCACAAGUUCUCACAAAAAGGAUCCCUUUUUUCAAGCAAUUCGCUGAACAAAUACCCAAUCAUAUC